AUCCCUUUGCUUCCUCACUCUCUCUGUGUCAGGAGAUUACGUACUGAAGCAAAAUCCUGAAAGAGAUGAUGCAUUUUCUUUCCCAAAUGGCGUUUUGCAGUUGCAGACCUAAUGCAGUUCUACUGCGACCUCAACCAAAUCGUUGGGCCAGCAGUUCCAAGUCCAAAGAUGACAGUGAAGUUGCAGGUCACUGCACUCGAGUUCAACGCAAUGUGAAUAUGGAAGGCCUUCGAACUGGAUAUCUAUUUCCUGAGAUAUUCAAGAGAGAGAGUGAACACAUGCAAAAGAAGGCACAUGCAAGGUUGAUAAGACUUGGUAUUGGUGAUACCACACUGCCUAUACCCGAUAUCAUAACCUCUGCAAUGGCUGAGCAUGCUUAUGCUUUAUCAACUAUUCAAGGUUACAAGGGAUAUGGAGCUGAGCAAGGCAACAUGGACUUGAGAAAAGCAAUUGCAGAAAAAUUUUACAAAGAUAUGGGUGUAGAAGGCCACGAGAUUUUUGUAUCAGAUGGGGCACAGAGUGACAUUUCUCGCCUUCAGAUGCUUCUGGGUUCCAAUGUCACAGUGGCCAUACAGGACCCAUCUUUUCCGGGCUAUACAGAUUCCAGUGUAAUUGUUGGUCAAGCUGGCAAGUUAGAAGAAGAAAGUGGCAAGUACGGCAACAUUGUAUACAUGAACUGUGGAUCUGAGAAUGGUUUUUUUCCUGACCUGUCAACCACUCCAAGAACAGACAUCAUUUUCUUUUGCUCUCCAAAUAAUCCCACUGGUAAUGCAGCAUCGCGCCAGCAAUUACAGCAACUGGUGGAUUUUGCCAGGAUCAAUGGUUCCAUAAUAGUUUAUGACUCUGCAUAUGCUGCCUUUAUAUCAGAUGAAAGCCCACGAUCAAUCUUUGAAAUCCCUGGAGCCAAAGAGGUUGCUAUUGAGAUUUCAUCCUUCUCAAAAUUUGCUGGGUUCACAGGAGUCCGGCUUGGCUGGACUGUGGUUCCUGAAGAGCUGUUAUACUCCAAUAGAUUUCCUGUGAUUAAGGAUUAUAAUCGCAUAGUUUGUACUUGCUUUAAUGGCGCAUCAAAUAUUGCUCAGGCUGGAGGCCUAGCCUGUCUUUCUGAAGAUGGCUACAAGGCUGUGACAAAUGUGGUUAACUACUACAAGGAGAAUGCCAAAAUACUUGUUGAAGCAUUUGCAUCACUGGGAUUAAAAGUUUAUGGAGGCAAAAACGCCCCUUACAUAUGGGUGCAUUUUCCAGGAUUGAGUUCUUGGGAUGUAUUCAAUGAAAUUCUGGAGAAAACUGAUGUGGUGACAGUUCCAGGGAGAGGAUUUGGACCUGGUGGUGAAGGUUAUAUCAGAGUGAGUGCAUUUGGGCAUAGAGAAAAUAUCUUGGAAGCUUCAAUGAGGCUCAAAAAAUUAUUUUUCUUGGCAUAAUUAAUCUAAUUAUUGACAUGUAUGACUGCUUAAUGACUUCCUUUUCCUCCCCCUAAUAAAAAGUUGAUGCCAGUUGCAAUUCCUCCA